AUGGAGAGGACUCGAAGAAUCUUGGAUCUCAAUGAGCGAGAUGAGGAAAAUGGUAGUAGCAGUCAUCGUGGUCGCUCUACAAACUCCGCUACAAGUAAUCACCGUAGUCGUUCGACGAAUCGCGCCACGAGCAGUAGACGACAAGAAGAGCAAUCAGGUCCUAGUGAAAGUAGGCUUGAUCGAAUAGAGCGGAUCUUAGAGGGCGUGCUAACACAUGUAACAAGGAACGAGCCGCUAAGGCACACCCCCCAUGUGCUGGAUCAGUAUCGUCGGCAAAGACCCCCGGUGUUUAGAGGAAAAACGGGAGAUGACCCCAGUACAGCUGAGUACUGGAUAGAGCAAACUGAGAAACUGCUCCAACAUCUGCAAUACAGUGACGAAGAGAAGGUUAACUACGCUACAUUCAUGCUAGAAGAAGAAGCUGCACGAUGGUCGCAAUUAGCCCAGCGGGCUCUACAAAGGACACCUAGGCAAGCAGAGCAGGAUCUAAGGCCGAGACGAGCUCAGCCGAUAACCUGGGAAGUAUUCAAGGAAGCUUUCAAUGCUAAGUACUUUCCCCAAAGCUGGAAGGAAGAGAAGACUUGGGAAUUCAUGAAGUUGAGACAGACUGAUGAGAUGUCAGUAACUCAAUAUGAUGUUAAGUUUACCCAACUAAUCAGGUACGUGCCUACGUACGAAUCUGAUGAGAGACAGAAGGCACAAAAAUUUGUGGGUGGAUUGAAGGUGGAUCUACAACAAGCUCUCAGCUCUUGUACUAUCAACACUUACAACGAGGCGCUGGACAAGGCUCUGACCACCGAGAUGAACCUACUGCGUGUAGGACUGAUAAGAUCUGAUGAAAGGAAAAGAGAUUCGAAAGCCCCAGAGCAUAAGUCAGGAGGAAAAAAUUUCAAAGAUAGCAAACCGUGUUCUCGAUGCAAUAAAGAACACCUAGGAAGAAAUUGUUCGCAAGGGCAUAUCACAUGUUUUUCAUGCGGCGAAAAAGGGCAUAAGGAGAAGGAUUGCCCUAAGAAGAAAGAUGUACCUCAAACUGGGAAUCGAAUGGGGAUCACAUGCUACUCGUGCAAUCAACCCGGUCAUCACGCUAGUGAAUGUCCGAAAAGACAAAAGAUGGAUCAACCCGGGAAGAUAAACAUGACGCCGGGACCUCGUACCGGAAGAGUCUAUUGCCUAGAAAAAGAAAACGAAGAGGUCUACCCUGGCUUGGCGAGAGAUGACGAAGAGGCCCAUCCGAUAUUGACCAAAGGUAUGUCAGUUUGA